UGUGUGUUUUUUCCAGUUUGUAGAUAAUAACUUAUUUUGACAGAUGUGAUUGGUUAGUAAGCUUCUGUUUUGGUCUUCGCCAGUUUUCAGCACGCUGCUGCUUGAAGCUGCACGUUUAGAACGACACGCCGAUGAAACAGCAGCCGGUUCUUUCACAUCACAUCAAAGUUAAGAGUUUUUCUGGACCAAACCCACUUUCAGUUAAAUUCAUCGGUUUUGUCUCAGGCAUGGCUGUGAACGUGUACUCGACAUCAGUGACAAGUGAGAACCUGAGCCGCCAUGACAUGCUCACAUGGAUAAACGAGUCUUUACAGAUGAACCAUGCCAAGAUCGAGCAACUGUGCUCAGGUGCUGCGUACUGUCAGUUCAUGGACAUGUUGUUCCCAUCAAGUGUUCCACUGAAGAAAGUCAAAUUCCAGGCCAAACUUGAGCACGAAUACAUUCAUAACUUCAAACUCCUUCAAGCCAGCUUCAAGAAGAUGGGAGUUAGCAAAAUUAUCCCUGUUGACAAGCUUGUGAAAGGCAAGUUCCAGGAUAACUUUGAGUUUGUGCAGUGGUUUAAGAAGUUCUUUGAUGCAAACUAUGAUGGGAAAGAAUAUGACCCGGUUGGAGCACGGCAGGGACAAGAUACAGCCGACAAACAGAGUCCAGCGGCAGCCACAGCCAACAAGCCAAGGAAAGUCACCUCAGCUCCACAGCGUUCAGCCACAGCACCCAAGUCUGCACCAAAGACAGCUCCAACUGCAAUGCGCUGUGCAGGAGGUGGGGAUGAAGACAAAGGAGCACUUACUCAGAUGGUAAAUGACCUGAAGGCCACCAUUGCAGACAUGGAGAAGGAAAGGGAUUUCUAUUUCGGCAAACUCAGAAACAUUGAGCUCAUCUGCCAAGAGAAGGAGGGUGAGGGUGACCCAACACUUCAAAGGAUCAUGGAUAUUCUGUACGCCACAGAUGAAGGUUUUGUAAUUCCGGAGAAUGAUGCAGGUGAACCGGAAGAGUUUUGACCAAUCCAGGGGUGACAGUUUUGAAAAUUACCCAUUGAACUCUGAAAUGCACAUAUACUGUACUGGCUUAUUACUGCUAUUCUGCUGCACUAGCCUUGGGUCCAUUAUUUUGAACUGUGACUUUUGAAUGUAUUUUCAGGGAAGUUCUGUACCUUGAAUUUUCAGCUUUUUUAUUGAACACUGAAAAAUAAUUACUUUUGUGAAAGAAAAAUAAAGUAGUUACCAGUGGCUGUUUUAUACCA